CACAAGUACGUUUCCAUCUCGGAUGUGCAGAUCAAGAACGAGGAGGAGCUGGAGAAGUGCCCCAUGUCUCUGGGGGAAGAGGAAGUCCAAGAAACGCCGUGCGAGGUCCUGUACCGAGCGAUGCUCUACAACCUCCCCCAGUACAUGAUCGCUCUGCUGAAGAUCCUGCUGGCUGCUGCUCCCACCUCCAAGGCCAAAACCGACUCCAUCAACAUCCUGGCCGAUGUUUUGCCCGAGGAGAUGCCCAUCACCGUCCUGCAGAGCAUGAAACUGGGCAUCGACGUGAACCGGCACAAAGAAAUCAUCGUCAAGAGCAUCUCAGCUCUGCUGCUGCUGCUCCUCAAACAUUUCAAACUCAACCACAUCUACCAGUUUGAAUACGUGUCCCAGCAUUUGGUGUUUGCCAACUGCAUCCCGCUGAUCCUCAAGUUUUUCAACCAGAACAUCAUGUCCUACAUCACUGCCAAAAACAGAUUUCUGCCCAAGGACAUCUCUGUGGGUGCUGUGCUCAGGGUUACACUUCUCCUCCUCCAUUUGCAGGAAUCUGGAGACAACAACCAGUUCUGCUGGAGGAAUUURUUCUCCUGCAUUAAUUUGCUGAGGAUUCUCAACAAGUUGACCAAGUGGAAACACUCGAGGACAAUGAUGCUGGUGGUGUUUAAGUCAGCCCCAAUCCUCAAGCGUGCUCUCAAGGUGAAGCAGGCCAUGAUGCAGCUCUACGUGCUCAAAUUGCUGAAAAUCCAGACCAAGUACCUGGGGCGCCAGUGGAGGAAGAGCAACAUGAAAACCAUGUCUGCCAUCUACCAAAAAGUGAGGCACCGCAUGAACGACGACUGGGCAUAUGGAAAUGUGGAGCUCCCCGAGGAUUUCCACUACUCCUACGAGCUCUGGCUGGAGCGGGAGGUGUUUUCACAGCCCAUUCGUUGGGAGGAGCUGCUGCACUGCCAGUGA